AUGCUGGCCGAGGCCUGCGUCCCGGUGGCCACCCACCGCCAUGGGUGCUGCGUGAUCCAGAGGGCCAUCGAUGCGGCCACGGUCGAGCAGUCGAGGCUUCUCGUCUCCCAAGUGUCAAAGCACGCGCUUCAGCUCAUGCAGGACCCGUACGGCAACUAUGUGGUCCAGUACGUCCUGGGAAUCUGCUCCCGCGACGAGGCUGUCACGCUUGUCAACGUCCCAAUUGGAAAGGUGGCGAUGCUCUCGAUGCAGAAGUUUUCGUCCAACGUGAUCGAGAAGUGCAUGGACAGGGCGUCGGAGGAGAUGAUCGUCAAGUACGUCCACGAGCUAGCCGACCCGGCCGCAAUGCGCCCCCUCCUGCAGGACCAGUACGCGAACUACGUGAUCCAGAAGACGCUGCAGCUGGCACCCAGGGACGCGGCGCUCACCUUGGUUGAGAGCAUCCGCGAGCACCUGGUCCUUAUGCGCAACUCCUCCGGGGGAAGGCGGAUGCUCACCAGGAUCUCCAAGCGGUUCCCGGUUGCACGAAAGGAUCCCCACGGGUAUGUGUGA